AUGCCGUUAAAAAAUAUACUUAAUAAAAACAAGAAGAAAAGCAGUAAAGAAAAUUUGACAGACAAACAGACAAGUCCGGCUCGGGAAGCACCCCGCCCCGAUGUCACACAGUCAACACCAGAGGCUAAUGGCGGAAAUUCUGUCAAAAACGAAACAAACUCUUCACCACAACCUCCAAGACCCAGAUUAGUUUUUCACUGUCAACAAGCUCAAGGAAGUCCUACUGGAAUUAUUUCUGGGUUCACAAACGUCAAAGAAUUGUAUUCAAAAAUAGCUGAAUGUUAUGAAAUCCCAGCUUCUGAGAUUCUGUUUUGCACUUUGAAUACACACAAAUGUGACAUGACGCGAUUACUUGGUGGCCAGAUUGGUUUGGAGGAUUUUAUAUUCGCCCAUGUAAAAGGUCAACCUAAGGAAGUGGAGGUGACGAAAUCGGAAGAUGCUUUAGGACUUACUAUAACAGAUAAUGGAAAUGGAUACGCUUUUAUUAAACGUAUAAAAGAGGGAAGUAUAAUGGAUAAAGUGCCCAUAGUUUAUGUUGGUGAUCAUAUUGAAAAAUUAAAUGGCGAACCUGUGGUAGGACUCAGACAUUAUGAAGUUGCAAAAAUGUUAAAAGAAAUUCCAAAAGGAACCACCUUUACUUUACGUGUUGUUGAACCCUUGAAAUCAGGAUUUUCUUUUGUUGGUCAAUCAACUGGUAAGAAAUCUGGUAAUGUUGGUAAUAAAGUAGGUAGUGGUAAACAAACUUUAAGAUUGAGAUCAACUGGUCCUGCUACAGUUGAAACAGUGGAUAAUGAGUGUGCCAGUGUAGCUACUGAUAAAAUAAAUAAUCUAUUAGAGUCCUAUAUGGGUAUCAAUGAUACAGAGUUAGCUCAAAAUAUUUAUGAAAUUGGAGACAAGUGUGAUAAUCCUCAUGAUUUUGCCUGCAGUGUUGACGAUUCUGAUAUGAAAGAUUUUGGAUUCACCGAUACCUUUAUAUUUGAUUUAUGGGGAGCUAUAACUGAUGCAAAAUCUGGUAUUUUAAAGAAAACACAAGAAUUUAAUGAACAAUUUUAA